CCUGUCAGAGGAGAGUCGGCUCUCCUCAUCUUGGCUUCGGGAUUGGCCUGCCUGAGUCACGGGCUCGGCCUUCCUCCAUCCGGGAAGGGAGUACGAGGCGGGACCGGCUGGUUGACUAGUGGUUUCUCUCCCCGCUUCCUCCCUUGCCGGCUCCUCGCUGGUGCUUGUUCCUCCUUUUCCAUUCCGAGGAGCGCCUGCUCUCAGCUCCCGCCCGCCUCCCUGCUUGGCCUACGGAGCGGACCGGAGCAGACACGGUGAGGACGAAGAGGCAGCGCGUGGCGGACACUGGAGGCGGCCGCAGCCGUCCAAGCAAAUACAUCAUAAUGGCGGCAGAUUCUAUGGAAAUUGAUGAUGCUUUGUACAGUCGACAGAGGUAUGUUCUUGGAGACACAGCAAUGCAGAAGAUGGCUCAGUCCCAUGUGUUCCUAAGUGGAAUGGGUGGGCUUGGAGUAGAGAUAGCUAAGAACAUAGUGCUUGCAGGAAUCAAGGCUCUCACCAUCCAUGAUACCAAGCAGUGCAAGACAUGGGAUUUAGGAACAAACUUUUUUGUUCGUGAAGAUGAUGUUCUAAAAUUGAGAAACAGAGCUGAGGCAUCACUUCACCACGUUGCAGAGCUGAACCCAUAUGUCCAGGUGAUGUCAUCAACUGCCCCUUUAAAUGAAGUUACAGACAUCUCUUUCCUCAGACAGUACCAGUGUGUCAUAGUAACUGAGAUGAAGCUGUCACUACAGAAGAAGAUAAAUGAGUUUUGCCAUGCGCAACACCCACCUAUUAAGUUUAUAAGUGCAGAUGUGCAUGGGAUAUGGGCACGUCUGUUUUGUGACUUUGGUGAUGAAUUUGAAGUCCUGGACACCACAGGAGAAGAACCAAAAGAAAUCUUCAUUUCAAACAUAUCUCAGUCCAAUCCUGGUAUCAUCACUUGCCUUGAUAAUAAUCCUCAUAAGCUUGAAACAGGACAGUUCGUAACUUUCCGGGAAAUUAAUGGAAUGCAGUGUUUAAAUGGAUCUACUCAUCAAAUAACUGUGGUAUCACCUUAUUCUUUUAGCAUUGGGAAUACUGCAGAUACGGAACCUUACUUACAUGGUGGCAUAGCCAUCCAAGUAAAGACACCUAAAAUAUUCCAUUUUGAACAGCUGGGGAAGCAAUUGAUUAACCCAACAUGCCUUGUUGCAGACUUCAGCAAGCCUGAGGCACCUCUGCAAAUUCACAUUGCCAUGCUUGCCUUGAAUCAGUUUCAAGAAAGUUUUGAUCGUAUGCCAAACAUUGGGUGCCUUCAGGAUGCUGAGGAGAUGCUGAAGAUAGCACUGUCCUUAAGCAAAACACUGGAAGGCAAAGAGCCCAGGGGUGGGCAAGGAGAGACUUGCACCUUUUCAGCUUGUUCACAUGGCUUAGCAAUCCAUCAGAAUUUAGCCGCCAAAAAGGGUGCUCAUCAAGUUAAUGAAGAUAUUGUGAAAUGGCUAUCAAGGAUGGCUCAGGGAUCAUUGGCACCCCUUACAGCAGCACUUGGUGGUGUUGCCAGUCAAGAAGUCUUGAAAGCAGUGACAGGAAAAUUUUCUCCCCUGCAACAAUGGUUGUACAUAGACGCGUUAGAAUUAGUCACAUUUCUAGAAAAAAACAGUCGUGAAGAAUUCCUUCCAAGAGGAGAUAGAUACGACGCCUUGAGAGCCUGUAUUGGAGACUCCUUGUGCCAGAAGCUGUACAAUCUGAAUGUUUUCUUAGUUGGUUGCGGUGCAAUAGGCUGUGAAAUGUUAAAAAAUUUUGCACUCCUUGGUGUUGGCACUGGCCGAGAAAGGGGCAUGGUUACAAUUACAGAUCCUGACUUAAUAGAAAAAUCCAACUUAAAUAGACAGUUUCUGUUCCGUCCACAUCAUAUACAGAAGCCCAAAAGUUGUACUGCAGCGACAGCAACACUUAACAUCAAUCCUCAGAUGAAGAUAGAACCAUACCUUAACAAAGUCUGCCCAGCAACUGAGAACAUGUACAAUGACGAUUUCUACAACGAGCAAGAUGUAGUUGUUACUGCAUUAGACAAUGUAGAAGCACGGAGAUACAUUGACAGCCGCUGUCUAGCAAGUCUGCGUCCUCUCUUAGAUUCAGGAACCAUGGGAACUAAAGGGCAUACAGAAGUCAUUGUGCCUCACCUAACAGAAUCUUAUAACAGUCAUCGAGAUCCACCUGAAGAAGAAAUACCAUUUUGUACUUUAAAGUCUUUCCCAGCGGCCACUGAACACACAAUACAGUGGGCAAGAGACAAGUUUGAAAGUGCUUUUUCACACAAGCCUUCGCUGUUUAAUAAGUUUUGGCAAACUUACCCAUCAGCAGAAGAGGUAUUACAGAGAAUAAAGUCUGGCGAGAGUUUGGAAGGCUCUUUUCAAGUGAUUAAAUGCCUUAGUAGAAGGCCAAGAAGCUGGCCCCAGUGUGUUGAAUUAGCAAGAUUAAAAUUUGAGAAAUAUUUUAAUCAUAAGGCCCUCCAGUUACUUCAUUCAUUUCCCCUUGAUACACGAUUAAAAGAUGGCAGUUUAUUUUGGCAAUCUCCAAAGAGGCCACCUUUUCCGAUACAGUUUGAUUUCAAUGAUCCUUUGCACUACAGCUUCAUACUGAGUACAGCAAAACUAUUUGCAAUAGUUUACUGUAUCCCUUUUACAGAAAAGGAUAUGUCAGAAGAAAUCAUUUUAAAGAUAAUUUCCGGGCUGAAGAUUCAAGAAUUUCGACCUUCUAACAAAGUUGUUCAAACAGAUGAAACAGUGAGGAAACCAGAUCCUAUUCCAAUAAGCAGUGAGGAUGAAAGGAAUGCUGUACUCCAGCUGGAGACUGCUAUAUUGGCCAAUGAAGCUAAAAAAGAUGACUUACAAAUGAAGGAACUUUCUUUUGAAAAGGAUGAUGACACUAAUGGGCACAUAGAUUUUAUAACAGCAGCUUCAAAUUUGCGAGCCAAAAUGUAUAACAUUGACCCAGCAGAUAGACUCAAAACAAAACGGAUUGCUGGAAAGAUUAUCCCUGCCAUUGCAACUUCUACAGCAGCUGUCUCUGGUUUGGUUGCUUUGGAAUUGAUCAAAAUUGUGGGUGGUUACCCUUUUCAAGCGUAUAAGAAUUGCUUUUUCAACUUGGCCAUUCCAAUAAUUGUCUUCACAGAAGCAGCUGAAGUGAGAAAAACAGAAAUAAGAAAUGGGAUAUCUUUUACAAUCUGGGAUCGAUGGACUGUUUACGGGAAAGAUGAUUUCACACUCUUGGACUUCAUAAAUGCUGUCAAAGAGAAAUAUGGAAUUGAGCCAACUAUGGUGGUUCAGGGAGUUAAAAUGCUGUAUGUUCCUGUAAUGCCUGGGCAUGUCAAAAGAUUAAAGCUGACGAUGCAAAAACUUGUGAAACCAGCAGCAAAUAAGAAAUAUGUGGACCUCACAGUGUCAUUUGCUCCAGAAACAGAUGGUGAAGAAGAUUUGCCAGGACCACCAGUGAGAUACUAUUUUGCUCAUGAAAAUAACUGAUGCAGGUGCACUGUUUACAGUAUAACAGGACCACAUGAAAGGAGUGUGGCACACCAUCCUUUUAUUAUUUUUAAGUGGUACUAUAUACUUGGUGAAGCCUUAAUUCAGAAACAAACAGUGGAAGCUGGUGAGAUGUACUGUGGAGCUCUAUAGCAAAUUGGAUUUACAAUUUACUUGUAUGUAGCAUUUUCAUAGGUAUCUAUACCUAAGGAGGACUUGAAGCUUGCUGGAAAGGAUGGUUCUUUUUGAAGAAAACUUACUUAUUAAUAACUGCAGGAAGAUCAGAAUUGCAAAUAUAAAAUCUGAUUGCAGACAUUGAGCAUUAAAAGAGGUGGCAAUUGAGAUCUGGAGAAACUGCCAAUUAUAUCACCAUAAAACUGAUUUUUUCUUUUGUUUUUUUUCCUACUGCAUCUUGGCCCCUAAGCCAGUUCAUCCUGGUGAUGUUCCAUUACAAUAACAUGACUUUUCUUUGUUAUUGUUCCCUUCUGAAGCAGAUAAACACUUGUAAUUUGCUUUGGAAAAGAUUCACAGUGAGAGGAAGCUAAGCUCUUGUAAAGUGAUUUCUGUUUUUCCAAAAAAGUUUCUGUCUUUCCUUCUAUACCAGAAGUGACACAGCAUGAAGAAAAUGCAGGGCUGUUUUAGGCACAUGUUUAUAACAAUGUAGGCUGUCAGGACUGGUUUGCUUGUUCAUACUGUUUUAAAGAAGCUGGGUGAUUCAGGCUGUGUAAGAGUCUGACUGACACCUUGAUCUGAAUUGAAAAUACAAGUGAGGAGCUUUUAGCUGGAGCAUGUUAACUGUCACAUCCUUCAGACAGCUUUGAACUUUGUGAUGUUUACCUGACAGUCACAUAUUAGCCAUGUACGGCCAAACUGAACACUUGGUGGUAAACCCCAUAUUUUCUAAACCUCUGGCCCAAUCAUACAUAUAAAGGGAUGGGUCCUAUUUAAAUAGCAAAAGGAAUAUAUGAUGGAGUGCAUCCAUCUCCGUCCUCUGUUUUUCUUCCUGCAGGCUACUCACCCCAAGCAUUUACAUUGAACCAAGCUCACUUGCUGUAUUGGUGCUUGGCUCAGGAGAAAAGCAUCUGACGGCAUAGACUUACAAAGUUAAGCUGGUGAGAAGAGGGUUUUGCAGUCUUUGCUCACACCUCUUUUGUUGUGAAAAUUGGACCCCCACACCAUGUCCCAUUCUUCUUAUGGAAUAGGGCAGAUUCAAACACACAGUUUACAUGUCCAAGAAACUGAAUUACACCAUCAUUGCUAUUGUUCUGCAACUGGUGCUGUUGGGUUGAAUAUAAGGCUCCUGGCAGCUUUUUGAAGGUUUUGCAGACACUGGCCAUAACCCAACAUGGACCUUGACAUGCUUAAGCCCAGAUCAAGAGCAUUAAAUGUAAUCAGUUCUAUGUUGGGAUGUCUAUUCUUUUAAAACAACCCCCCCCCAAUAUUGUAGUUCUGUUAGGCAUGUGAGUACAAAUAUCAUGAUUCAGUUUAAAUGUCUAAUUACAAAACAACUUAGACAUUUAAAUAGUCCAGUAUAAAGUAUACUAGGAGGCAAACAGAGAAACCACUUUGGCCAUAGCAGUUUGCGUGAAAUAAUGGUGCGCUACAGAAAUAUAAUUGGUCCACUUUUUGUUUCCUCAUGUAUGUAGUAUUGGAUGGGUAGCUGUUGCUUUAUUAUAUUUUCUUCCCCUUCCUGCUUUACAGAGCAAUUCAAGUCAUGAAAGCUGGUGGGAGAGGGGGCAGUGGAGGAGAAGCCGGCGGGAAGCUCCACAGCAUCCACUUGCUAUUUGGGAGCUGCCAGGCUGGUCGAGUGCUGGCUUGAUCAGGAGCCACAUGCAGAACCCAGAAGGUGAAAGCUGGCUGCUGCGAAUACCCCUACUGGGGAGUAAGCACUCCUCAUUGACAGGCAUUGAAAUAAGUUUACUCUGCCAGCCUAUUGCCCAGUGGAAAUACUGCUGGGAUUGGGACCCACAGAAGCGCUCUGAAGGGAGGUUGGAUGCCGCAGAAGUCCCCCCUCCUGGCUGCUCCUCUGCCAUGCUCCCAAAUGCCCUGUUUUCAGGGCUUGUGCCCGCUGUCCUUUGGGGCUUCUAUUAGCUGUCCAUCCCUGGCUGAGCCAGUAGGGUUCCAGCAGUGCCGCGGCUCAACUGAGACAAGUGGUUUCUGUCAGUGGAGCCCGGCAGAGCUGGGAGCCUGCUGCAUUCAACUCCCCCCAGCCCGGCGCAAAUACAACUUGAAUUGUACCCUUACUAGAGAAGUCAAAUCCACAUUCAAUAUGUUUAGUUCUUUAAAAACAACACCACCAGAAGUCUACAAUGGCUUCCAACUACGUUCCUUCAUCAUACCUGGUUAUAUCAAUAUUUUUUUGACAUUACGACUACAGUUUUUGUUUUCUUAUUUCUGUAGGCACAUGAGCACCAAAUGCGUACUUAUUCUGUGAAAUAGAAAAUUAUUCCAAUAUUUGGGAAUUACUCUUAAAAUAAAGUAACUACACAGAAGUAUUGCAUUUUUUUAAAUAUACAGGUUACAUUUUAUAAUUUGUUAUAGUUUAAUGGAUUUGAUAUAACAACUGGAUGGUUAAUUUAACAAAAAAUACUUUUAAAGCCAAUGGGGGUUGCAGGGAGGAUAGAUGCCCUGUGAUAGGAGGAGGAGGAGGAGGGGCUCUGAAGUCUCUGUGUAUAUUGCCAUAGUGGCAAUAGAGGUAUAUAUUUCAAAUACAACCUUUCAUCUUUUUGUUUUAGACAAGGCAAAGUACUGUGAACUCAAAAAGCUAUAUAGGAUGAGUAGAAAUAAAACAAGGAAUUGCUGUCAUGAAAUUCCAGUGGAAUAUAAUGAGUGUUUUUUUAAAUAGUCUGGAUGUGAUCACUUCUUGUGCUAACAUUUUUUUAAAAAAAAUUGACUAGGGGUGUGUUACUAAUCAGUGUUCAAAAGUAAAAACUAGACUGUCUUUGCAUUUGCAAAAUUGCAUUUGAUGUCAUACAUCAGUAGGCUUGAAACUCGAAGAACCUUUUCCAGCAAGUCUUCCUUGCAGAUCUUAAGUAUACAAAAUUAGAGAACAGGUAGCAGAGUCAACACACAAAUGCUCCUACGUGUUUUGAAGCCCCUUAGUCUACCUUGAGGAUUACUCUGCUCACAUAAGUGAUCUCAAAUAAAGAAUGGUUUGUUUAAAGAAAUAUAUAUGUAGACUCUAUACUUCCACAUUUUGUGUUAUCUAUGAAUUUAUUUCAAUACAUUUUGAAGUGGGAGUGGGUUUUGUGUACACAAAAUAUGAUGUACAGUCAAAGCAGUUAUGAAAACUGCUUUUUGUCUUUUUCAUAUUAAAUAAUUUGAAAACAUA